GGAGGAGAAAAGGUAGUGCCAAAAUAUUUGCCGGCGAUUCAGAUGGAGACGGUGGUCGAUAAAGAGAUUCUUAAGUCUUCCGGGGCUGAGCUCCUUCCCGACGGACGUCGUGGUUUGCGCAUCCAUGACUGGGAGAUCGAAACCCUCCGUGGCACGAUUCUCACUUCUCUCGCUGUCGAAGAGUGGGAAAAAAAGCUUAAGACAUCUCACUUACCUGAAAUGGUUUUUGGCGAGAAUGCUUUAGUCCUUAAACACUUAAGUAGCAACACUAAGAUUCAUUUUAAUGCAUUUGACGCACUAGCGGGUUGGAAGCAGGAAGGGCUUCCACCUGUUGAAGUUCCUGCUGCGGCACAAUGGAAAUUCAGGAGCAAGCCGUCCCAGCAGGUGAUACUAGAUUAUGAUUACACGUUUACAACGCCUUACUGUGGAAGUGAAGUAGUUGAGAAAGACAAAGAAGCGGUUGAGGCAAAAGCUAAUCCGAAGGGGGAAGCUACUCUUCAGUGGGAGAACUGUGAAGAUCAGAUUGAUUUGGCUGCUCUCUCACUUAAAGAACCUAUUCUCUUCUAUGAUGAGGUAGUUUUGUAUGAAGAUGAGCUGGCUGACAAUGGAGUGUCACUUCUGACUGUGAAAGUGAGAGUCAUGCCAAGCUCUUGGUUCCUCCUCUUACGAUUUUGGCUUAGAGUUGAUGGUGUGCUUAUGAGAUUGAGAGAGACUAGAAUGCAUUAUACGUUUGGCAAAGAUGAGACACUAACUGUUCUUCGUGAAAACUGUUGGAGAGAAGCUACAUUUCAGUCUCUAUCUGCGAAAGGGUAUCCAGUUGACUUAGCAGUCUGGAGCGACCCGAGCUCCAUCAGUCAGAGGCUUCCAGUGAUUAAGCAUACGACACAGAAACUGAAGAUCCCUCGUAAAGUUUAAGCUGUUUAUAAAGUUGCAAGUUAAAU